AUGGCCAAAUCCGACAAGAAAGAAAGGAAGAAAUCGGCGUCUGGAAUCAAGUCUAAGGAGGACAAAACGGCCAAAAAGGCAGCCUCCAAGGUCCCCGUCCCCUCGAAAGAGAUCUUAGAAAAGGCAUCGAAGGCUGCUAAGGCCAAGGCUCCCGUUGUGCCGACCAAACCUGAGACGAACGGCAAGUCUAAAAAAGUCACGAAUGCUUCUUCCCCAGAGGAAAGCAGCGAGAGCUCUUCCGAAGAUGAAAAACCGAAGGCUGCUCAAGUGAAGGCUGCCCACGCAAAGGCUGCCGCCUCUUCCGACUCCGACUCGAGCGACAGUGAGGAUGAGAAGCCUGCGUCGGCGAAGGUCACUAAAUUCCCUGCUGCUGCCCCUAAGAAGGUACCUGCCCCCAAAAAGGAUAAUUCGUCCUCCGCAGACUCGUCCGAAUCUGAUUCCGAUGACGAACCCGCCUCCAAAAAGGCUGCUGUUCCCGCCAAACCCACUUCCUCAAAAGCUGCGCCUAAAAAGGCUCAAACAUCGUCAUCGUCUUCCGAUCCAUCCUCUGAAGAUGAAGCACCCGCCCCGAAACCUGCUCCCAAAGCAGCACUCGCCAAAAAGGACCAGUCCAGCGACGAUUCCGACUCGUCCGAUUCUGAUUCGGAGGAUGAGAAACCCGCCAAAACUGGCAAGGCUGCUGCACCCACAAAAGUUGUGGCACCCGCAAAAGCUGUGGCCAAAGCCGCUUCUUCCUCGUCAUCAGAAUCCGACAGCGAUAGCGACUCAGAGGACGAGAAGGCGACGAAGGUUAAGGCAGCGCCCAAAGCCAAAGCCGCCUCCUCGUCUUCGUCUUCGGAAGGAGAUUCUGAUGAUGAAUCUUCAGACUCAGAGGACGAUGAUGGCGACGUGAAGAUGGCAGAUCCUGCUCCGGCCGUCAACGGAACAUCAAAACGGAAGGCUACUGACGAUGCCCAGCCUCAGCCAAAGAAGGUCAAACUUGCCAAUGGCGAUGCUGCUGCUACUGGCGAUGCACCUGAGGAGACGAAGACCAUCUUCGUCGGACGUCUGUCGUGGUCAGUGGACAACGACCGUCUCGCGCAAGAAUUCGCCGAGUGUGGUGAAGUCGAAUCUGCAACCGUCCAGAUGGACCGUGACAGCGGCAAAUCAAGAGGAUUUGGCUACGUCCGAUUUACCACCACGGAAGCCGUUGAGAAAGCCUUGCUAAUGAACGGCAAGGAGAUUGAUGGUCGUGCUGUCAACAUCGACCGCAGCACGGCGCCAGACAAGAGUCAAGCGAGGGACAAGCGUGCAAAGGCCUUCAACGACCAGGUUAGCCCUCCUAGCAGCACCCUUUUCGUCGGCAACCUGAGCUUUGGCGUCACGGAGGACACCGUUUGGAGUUUCUUCAACGACUAUGGCGUCAAGAACGUGCGCCUGCCUACCGAUCGGGAGACUGGACGGCCCAAGGGCUUCGGCUACGUCGAGUUCGAGGACACUGAGGGUGCGAAGAAGGCCUUCGAGGCAUCUAAUGGCGCUGAGAUCGAGGGCCGAACCAUCCGACUGGACUACUCGCAGCCUAGAGAUCCCAACGGUGGUGGUGGUGGUGGCGGUCGAGGAGGCAGUCGCGGAGGAUUUGGUGGUCGCGGAGGAUUUGGAGGCGACCGUGGUGGUCGUGGUGGAGGUCGCGGAGGAGGACGCGGUCGUGGCGGAGGCGACCGUGGUGGUCGUGGACGCGGUGGUCGUGGAAGAGGUGUCCCCGCUUUCGAAGGUAGGAAGAUCACUUUCUAG